AAAAAUAUUAACGCCGGUUGUUCAGACUUCCGCUUGAACACUUCCGGGAAUGCUUUAAUACAUAUUUUGGUAAGAAAAAUUAGACAGAAAAAUGUCUGCUGAUCAAGAAGAGCGCGAUACAAAAGAAGAAUUAAAUAAGCAGAUGAAGGAACAGAAGGUUGCCAUUGAUGAACUCUCAAAUCUGAAGAAGAACAGGAAAGUCUUCGUCCAGCAGCCGAACAGCAACAUCUUCUUCCUCGCGGACAAAGCAGAGACAACGAGCACCUGCAGGAGGAAUCUGGACAAAAUGAAGAAAGAAUACCAGGAUAUGUAGAACCUGUGUGUGUGUGUGAGAGAGAGGAAAAUGUGUGGGAUAUGCUGUGUAGUGAGUUUGUCUUCGUCUCAAUGUACACUUCACAAUCACGUCUACGAAAG